AUGAACCAAGACUAUUUGGAUGCAACGUUUGAUCCGAAAGAGGUCAAAGUGGCGCAACUGCGAAGGAUUUUGAUUGAAAAUGGAGUUGUUAUUCGUUCUGGAAUGAAAAAGGCAGAUUUGUGUGAACUUUUUGAGGACAACAUAAGGUCUCAGAGAGAGAAGCUUCUAAAGGAUCGAGAGGGUGGAUCAGGGCCUGAUGUUUUUGAAUCAUCGAUUUCGGUUGAGACGUCGAGUGUUGGAUCGCCUGCGAAGUUUUCGGACGAGAAUGACUUUCAGGGAGACCGUAAAACGAACUCGAGAAGGAAACGGAAGCGGGAUAAAGACGACGAAAGUAGGAGUCGCAAACGGAAAGUGAGUAGCGUCAAGGGGUCGCCAAUUGUAGAAAAGGUUCACAAAAAGAGUCCCGUGAAAAGUUCUCCACACAAGUCGUUGGUCAUCGAUAAGUUCGAAUCUUCUUCGUCUUCAUCGUCCUCGUCUCCUGCUGCUUCUCCUUUGUCCUCACCGUCCCAUCAUCCUUCUAACGUUGUGGAAGACAUUGCGGAUUUCUCAUUCAAGCGCAGAGCCUUGUCGCCUGAUCUCUCGAAGUUGAAAGUCAGUCCCGCCUUUGCUGAGCAGCUAAAGCGAGCCUCUAGUAGAGCUAGGAGUGCUGACAAUGGAAGCAGGUCAAGCACCUUCUUAGACAAGACAUUUUCUUCUAGUGACUCCAAAAGUGUCGCUGAAUGGGAAUCGUCGCGUGUAGAAAAGUCACUUACCGAAUCGGAUACCUCUGCGCAAGAAUCGGAUAAGGAAGAACAAGUAAGCAUGGACAAAUCAUCAGGAACAGAAGUUGAGGCUGAUGACAAGGAGGAAACGAUUGAAUCUUCAGAGGCCGAAGACAAUGAAGAUUCCAUCUUGGUGGAGGUUCAACAGCCAUCAUCUUCUUCCGAAGACAAUAGUACCCAUCAACAAGUCGAUUUGUCUGCCACUAUUGUCGAAGAAGAAGUGUCGCAUGGGAGGAUUUUUAGAGGCGUUCUUUGGUCCGCUCUCAUAUGCUUGCUAAAAAAGUUUCAGAAACUUGUCAUUUACUAUCUCAUGCUUUUCACUCUUUUCUUCGGCCUAUGGUAUCGAGAAGAAAGGGUGCGCGUCGGUUAUUGCGGUCACGAAGUGAAUUUGCCCACCUUUCAGAAUCCUAAUAAUUCAGCGUGGCUGGAAGAUUUCGAGAACAUCUUGGCUAAACACAAGCCAUAUUGUUUACCUUGUCCAGAGAAUGCAAUCUGCUACCCAUACAUGAAAAUCAAAUGCAGACCCGGUUAUGUUGUAACUAACUCUAAGGCAAGCCUCUUUGGGCUUUUUCCUAUAAGUGAUUACUGCGCAAAGGACUCCAAAAAGGAGCGGAUGAUAAAUGAGGUCGUUAAAAAAUCCCUUGAAUUAUUAAGAACUAAGAACGCACAAUUAGAUUGUGGCGAAGGCGUUGAUGAUGUGCAAAGUGGGAUGAACGAGAAAGAACUAUACAGUAUCUUUUCUGAGUCGCGAGCUCCCUGGAUAAACAAUGAGGAGUUCGACGAUUUAUGGGUUCAAGUUAUCGAGGACUUGAAAAAUGAACCCGAAAUUACUUGGAGGCAAACACCAACCAAUGACUUUAAAGUUCCAGGAAGCCGUGAGCACGCAACUGCAGCCCAUGACUUUCAAGGGACGCAGGCUGAUUUUCCAAACGGCCAAAAAAACGGGUAUUUUCGUUCAACAUCCAAGAAGUACAUCAGCCUCAGAUGUAAAUUCGAAAGAGAAGUUUAUCAGACUUAUCAGAGAUAUAAACUCAUAGUCUGGUCAUUGGUGCUAAUUUCAACUUUUGUUCAAGUAAUCAAGCAUAAACUCCGUCAACAUUUCAAAAUGAUUCGCAAGCUAGACACCUUGGCGCAAGAUAUUUUAGAGAGACUUCAAAAAGCAGCCCGUGAAUCCGAUGACACUAGACCCGCCUUCAUGAGUACUGUGCAACUGCGUGACAUUUUACUCUCUGACAUCGUUGAUCUCAAGCAGAAAAAUAAAAUCUGGCAGCGCGUUGCCAAGAAGCUUGAACAUAACAAUACCAAUGUUAAAGUGACUUUAAUGGAGUUACAUGGUGAGAUUAUGAAAUGCUGGGAAUGGAUUGGGCCCGUAGAUGAAAAAUUAUAA